GUUGUUAGGCCCAUGAAACAACUUGGGAAGAGAGAUUCAGAAGCUCAACCACUCUGUUUUCCAUCUCAUCCUGGGCGAGGGAGCUGCGUUACGCGACAUUGUUUCAUGAAGGGCGGAUGCCCUUUGGCCCAAUCUAGGAGAUGGCACCUCCGCCACCGCUCUUCCACGCCCUCCUCCGCCCAGCAGUCCUCCAGAUACUCCGCGCAACAGGCUACCACGCAGCCAAGACGUCGGUAAUCGAUUCCGUCACCGACCUGGCAGCGCGCUACUUGCUCCACCUCUGCCGACUCACGGCGCUCUACUCGGCACACAACAACGAGGAGCUUCCGCCGGUGCUUGCCGACGGCUGGGGCGGCAGCGGGGCUACGUUGACCCCGACGGUGCCGGCGCCCACCGUCGUCGAUGUGCGCAUGGCGCUGCAGCGGGCCGGGGUGUUCAAGCCCGAGAAGAUCCCCGUAGAACAAGAGCAUCUCGACGCGGACGACACGCGCGGCGUCGAGGUGUUCGUUGCAUGGGCGAUGGGCCAGCUGAACCAGGAGAUCAAGAGGAUCGCGCUAGAUGGGGACGACGAGGCCGGGAAUUACUUGGAUGCCCUGAAAAGGAAACACAGCAAGAACGACGAUGACUCGAAGUACCUUGGCACGCUGCUCGGCCGGGGCAUCGAGCAUGGCGACGUGCAGGUCGAGGGCGGCGAGUACCAGAGCAUUUUUGACUGGGAGGAGCGGAUGCGGCUUGCGAGCCAGAAGCCGCCAGAGGCGCCCGAGAAGCAGGUCAACGGGGACGGCGUCAAUGGGGACGGCGACGGCGACAGAGAGGGUUCGCGGCCGCCUAGCUCCGGGCUUAGUUCGCUCGGGGAUCGCAGCAUCGCGGACGAGAUGGAUCUGUCAUAGGGUGACAGGCUGAGGUCGCGACGCAACUUGAACAUGCCCCGACGAUAGUCCGGCACGGGGCCGGGAAACUUGAAAUCGGCGCGGAAGGCAGGUCCGGAGCGAGUAGAAUGAAGAACUGAGCACGCAUAGCGGUGGCGUUAAAGGCUGAGCAGAUGGAGACGGCUACCGAACGACAAAUCAUCUUGGGAUCUAAGACGAGGAUGACAUAGGA